AUGAGUAUAUCAAAUUUGGAGAGGAGAUCAUCUGCCAAUAGAUUCACACUUUUUUCUCAUAAAAAUUUGGAUAACAAAUCAAUUCCGCCUCUUGACUUUGUCAAGGAAGAUGAGAUCAAAGAUCAAGAAGCUGAACCAAUUUUGUCUGAGCCAGGCUUAGAAGGUUUAAAUAUUAGCCAAGAAGAACUAAUUGUAUUUUAUGAAAAAGAAGCUAUUCGAGAUAAAAAAAAUAUAGCCAAACUUAAAUCUAUACUAUCUAA